GGCGAUUGCUCCGAAGGGGGGAUCGGAGGUUUCGCCGAGGAGGCGGCUCAUCCAUCCACCUUUCGAUAUUUUUGCAUUUUCCAUUUUAUUCCACACCCUUAUUCCACACACACGUGCCUGCCAGCCGCCACCCUCCUCUCCCCUUAUUUCUUUACCCUCCAUUUUAAUUAAAUUAGCCCAGUGUCCCACGCUAGACCUCUAACCUCUAGAAGGACCGGACCGCUGCAGAAUAUGUCCACCUCACGCCCCCGCCGCAUCCUCGGCGUAUCCACCAAGAUGUACUUCUCCGCCGCAACAACGAAGAAGUACAUCGACGACGUCCUCCAGCACAUCUUGCAGACCCCCUCGCUACUAGACCAAGUCGACGUAUUCAUCGUCCCGGACCCCAUAACCCUGACGUCGGCCAUCUCCCAGCUGGCGGGCACGGGCAUCGCGGCGGGCGCCCAGGACGCCUUCUACGAGGACGCGGGCCCCUACACGGGCUCGGUGUCGCCCGCCGUGCUGGCCGAGGUCGGCUGCCGCAUCGUCGAGAUCGGGCACGCGGAGCGCCGCCGCAUCUACGGCGAGACCGACGCCGACGUCGCCCGCAAGGCCGCAGCCGUCGCGCGCAACGCCAUGGUGCCGCUCGUGUGCGUCGGCGAGCGCACCCGCGGGGAGGUCGCUGUUGCUGUGGAUGAGUGUCGCGUCCAGGUUGAGGCUGUCAUGGCUGGUCUGCCGGACGACGCAGAGGUCGUGCUUGCUUACGAGCCUGUUUGGGCUAUUGGGGCUGCGCAGCCGGCUGGCGCGGAUCACGUCGUGGGAGUGACGAGGGAGAUUAGGAGGUUGGAUUGCGUUGCGCGGAGGAAGGGGACUACGAGGAUCAUUUAUGGGGGGAGCGCGGGGCCUGGGUUGUUUGAGAAGCUCAAGGACGGAGUAGAUGGUCUUUUCUUGGGUCGGUUUGCGCAUGACCCUGCCCAGUUUUAUAAGACGAUACAGGAAGUUGCUGCGGCAUGAAAGCUGGGAAAGCUGGGAAGCCUAGUAGUGUAGAAGUAAAGGUUUAACCAGUCUUGCCAGUGCAGGUCAACGCGAAGCAAUGAGAGCUUGACGAAAGUGACGUGCGGGAGGCGGAAGAACUGGUUAUAUUUGUCCCUUGCCGCGGCUCCUUCUUCACCCCCGCAGUUCGUUCUCCAACGGGUCUUGGCGCUGGGAAUUGUCCGGGCAAUCGAUGCUUCGCACUCCAAAUAUAGCCCCGAUCGACA